AUGGAGAGGGUGACUGAGAAACCGAACUGGGAAGGCGAUGUGUUCAAAGAUGCAGUCGUCGCACAGUGGUACGCAGAUGCCCUUUUGGCCUCGAAGGAAUAUGACCAGUUGAGACCAGACGACUUUUCCGGCAUGGAUGUUGAUAUGGAUCUCGUCACUCAAAGGACAUGGGAUUGGUGCACUGAGGAGUUGCGAGACAAGGCAAAGACCUUCAAACCCAUCGUUUCCUUCUGGGCUUCAAUGCCGAUUCCGCGAUUUCAAGUCAGAUGUGUGGAUUCCUACGUCUGUACGAAAUGA